AUGAGGGCUGGCAGCUUCUUGGGCCUGAUAGCGAUCCUCCUUUUCCUGACUCUGGUGGCUGGGGAAGGUGUCAGUGAAGGUAUUGAGAAAUCAGGAGUUUGUCCAGGUGACGACAUAAUGGCGCUUGAAGGAAAAUCCACCCCGGUGUCACACACAGACUGUGCUGGAGACAUAAAGUGUUGUCGCUUCCACUGUGGCUUUACCUGUAUACAGCCUGUGAGGACACUGGAUCGAGGGUAA